AUGGAGCUGAUGUGCCAGGAGUUAUAUUGUAAAACUGCAGCCAAGGAUCGGGAGCUGGAGAUCACCACCAAGCUAAAAGAGCGUUUCAGCAUUGCUUUAGAUGCAACCAUCCAGUUUCUAGUCUCGGCAACUGUGCGACAAGACCCCGCGCCCGCCGUGCUGCACCCGGAGGAGGUCGCCGCGAGGCUGCAGCGGAUGCGGCGGGAGCUGAGCAACCGCAGGAAGAUCUUGGUGAAAAACCUGCCCCAGGACAGCAGCUGCCAGGAAGUUCAUGAUUUGUUAAAAGAUUAUGAGUUAAAGUACUGUUAUGUGGACAGAAAUAAACGAACAGCUUUUGUUACCUUAUUGAAUGGAGAACAAGCCCAGAGUGCAAUUCAGAUGUUUCAUCAAUAUUCUUUUCGAGGCAAAGACUUGAUAGUUCAACUCCAGCCCACAGAUGCUUUGCUGUGUAUUACCAACCUGCCCAUUUCUUUCACAUUAGAAGAGUUUGAAGAACUUGUUCGUACUUAUGGAAAUAUUGAGAGAUGUUUUCUGGUCUACAGUGAAGUUACUGGCCAUUCCAAAGGCUAUGGAUUUGUGGAAUACAUGAAAAAGGACUUUGCUGCAAAGGCUAGAUUGGAACUACUGGGUAAACAGUUGGGAGCAUCAGCACUCUUUGCACAAUGGAUGGAUGUUAAUCUAUUGGCCUCAGAGCUCAUUCAUUCUAAGUGCCUUUGUAUAGAUAAACUCCCUAGUGACUACAGGGAUUCAGAAGAGCUAUUGCAAUUUUUUUCCAGUAUCCAUAAGCCUGUGUUUUGCCAGCUUGCACAGGAUGAAGGUAGUUACGUUGGCGGCUUUGCAGUGGUUGAGUAUCACACUGCAGAGCAUGCUGAAGAGGUUCAGCAAGCAGCAGAUGGCAUGACCGUCAAGGGAAGCAAAGUCCAGGUUUCCUUCUGUGCCCCAGGAGCGCCUGGACGAAGUACAUUAGCAGCAUUGAUAGCGGCUCAACGUGUGGUAAGCAAGAUUUUUUCCCCCCUCUUUUUUAGGAUAUUGUCUAUCCAUUGCGAUAGAUUUGCGGAGUUUAAAACUCAGUUUGUCCGGUUGCCUACUUCUGAAAUUGAGGCCCUGUGUCCUCUUCGAGAAAAACAAACAACUGGAAAUAUUCAUUUACCCCUUCUGAAGCUUGUCUUAUAUUUAAUUUCACAUAUUAUACAGUUAAAUUUUUAUUUUUAUUUUCUUAAAGCAGUGCUUGGAACCCCUCACAGCUUGCCUCAUCUGAUGAACUCACCCAUCUCCCCUGCAUUUCUACACUUGAAUAAAGCACACCAGAGCUCAGUUAUGGGUAACACUUCUAACUUAUUCCUUCAGAAUCUUUCUCAUGUACCCCUGACACAGCAACAGUUGAUGAAGUCUGAGACUAUCCAUACUAAUAAUAAACCUGGCUUACUUGGAGAACCCCCAGCUAUGGUACUUCAAACUGCACUUGGGAUAGGAGCAGCGCUUCCCUUGAAAACAGAGUUGGGACAUCAUGGAGAAGCCCAUAAAACAUCUAAUCUGAUUCCAACUCAAACCACCAUCACAGCUGGAAUGGGCAUGUUACCUUUCUUCCCAAAUCAGCACACUGUUGGACAAGCUGGGUCAGGGUUGGGGAAUACUCAGGAGAAACAGACCACUUCCGUGGGAAUAGCAGAAGGAAAUUUCUCAGGGUCACAGCCUUACCUUCAGAGCUUUCCAAAUCUUGCUGUUGGAGGCUUGCUGACGGGACACCAUAAGCAGCAGCAGAGUCAGCCAAAAGGCCNNNAGGCUGCCUCUAAGAAUCAGACUUCACUCUUGGGAGAACCACCAAAAGAAAUCAGACUCAGUAAAAAUCCAUAUUUGAAUCUGGCAAGUGUGUUGCCCAGUGUGUGCUUAUCAUCUGCUGCAAGUAAAUCCACUCUACAUAAGACUGGAAUUUCAAGCAACAUUCUGGAUGCAAUCUCUCAGGGAAAUGAAUCGCAGCAUACGUUGGAGAAGUGCAUUGCUUAUUCUCCGCCCUUUGGUGAUUAUGCACAGGUGUCCUCUUUAAGAAAUGAAAAGCGAGGCUCAUCCUAUCUCAUCUCUGCUCCAGAAGGUGGCGCAGUAGAAUUAGUUGACCAGCAUUCUCAGGGCACAGGAGCAUACUACAUGGAAACCUACUUAAAAAAGAAGCGAGUAUACUAAGUUUUCUCCUUACAGCCUCCUGAGAUUCUCUGCAGUAUCUCUGCUGUUCAUCGCUGCCUUAACUUCAUUCAAACUAGCCAUAUCCUAUAAAUACGGGUUUAUUGUUUCCCAGAAGGAACUGUGUUGUGCAGCAGGCAGAAUUGCCAAAUAAAAAAUGGUAGCAAUAAGAAGAGACAUCAAUUGAGGACAUUUUCCACUAGAAUUAAUACUUCUUAAUCAACGUGACAUUAACUUACUGUCCAUUGGAGAAACUAAUCAUGUUUCAACGUUCCUUGUUUGAGGAAUGGGAAUAAUUUUCACAUCACAUAUAAAAGUCUGAAGCAAUAAAUGGGAAACAAUCUUGUUUCCUUAGCCUUAGAAUGAAUUUCUUAUAAGCCAAUGUGCAUUUUAAUUUACUUCCCCUAGAAGUAAUCUCAUUUAUAGAUUUUUAGGACUUUUCCUAGAACUACAAGGGUGCAAGUACCAAACGUGCUGAUGGCCAUGCUAUAAAGACGCUCUUUAUGCAAAUUUCAUUAUCACCCCCACACCAGCCAUGCACUAUUAAACCCAACAACAGAAUGAUAAUGAAGUCCAAGGCAUACAAUACUGCAGAUGCUUGACUUUUAACGUGUUGUUACUAUUUAUACCUUUUGUAAAAACCAGAAGAUAGCUUAGAUUAAAAAAAAAACUUUGUGGUGACCUAACACAGGGGUUAGCAAACUACCCUAGGACCAGAUUCAGUCCACCACCUAUCUUUGUGCUGUCUGCAAGGUUAAGAAUGACAUUUUACAUUUUUAAGUGUUUGAAGGCGGGGGAUGAAAACUUGCUACAUGAAAUUCAAUUAUCAGUGUCUACAAAAUUUUAUUGGACCACAGCCAUACUCACUCAUUCACGUAUCAUCUAUAGCUACUUUUGUAACCUUGGUAGAACUGAGUAGCUUCAACAGAGACCAUAUAGCCUGCAAAGCCUAAAACAUUUACUAUCAGGCCCUUCACGGUGUUUCUGACACUGACCCAAUAGCACUAAUUCCCCAUUCCUUUUAUUUCGCCUAAAGAAAGAGCUUUAACCUAUGAGAUAGACUUGUAAGUGACAAGAACAUAGGUUUCUGUGUCUCAUUUCAUAGCAUAGACUAGUGAUGAUCUAAUUACUAGACAGGGUCAUUUUUGUCAUCAAAUGCCCUAUAUUUCCACAAUAGAGUAAAGCAGUCAAUGCUGCACUCUGAAAGUCUUACGGGGACAUAGUAUUUAUAACCAUUUGAGCUAAUAAGCUAUACCUCACUCUCUGGUUUGUCUCUCAUUCUUUGGUAGUAUAUUAUGCUGAAAAAUAUGAGUGAUUUUACCAACUAUACUUCUGAAAAGAAUUUUUGUCUUUAUUAAUGUGACUUUUGACAUCACCAUUUUCUGAAGACUGUGGUACUAAAUGCAUGAAAAACCUUUUGCCAUUUAGAAAUUUCUAAGUCUGUUCAUUGUUAUGACUAUAACUGAUUGAAUUUGAGAUCUCAAGGAUUUUAGUCUUUCAGAUCAUAUCCUUAAAAUAUGUCUUUUGAAGAACUUGUUUUUGACUAAGAUAUAGAUAUCUUGCUUUAAUUAUAAAGUCUAGAACUGGUUCAUAUGUUGUAUGCUUUGUAAAGAAUUUUACUUGGUCUAAUUUAUUGCAUUCACUAGCUUCUGCUGGAAAAUUAUGGCUGGAAAGUUAAACUAAGACAGUUGCUAAGAAAUAUACUACCUAUAAAUCACAAUCAGGAUUACAUCAGUUAUGUGGCAGAUGACUAAUGGCAUCUCCAUGUCCUGUACGUCUCCUUCUGAUUUUCCUAUUGUAUUUUGCCUCUUCAGCGCUUAGUCACACUUCUAUUGAAGUUAAGAACAGAAGACAGGGAAGAUGGUGAAUUUUACAUGAGUUACAAAGUGAGAAGAGGCACAGAUUGGAAGAACUAAAAAAUGUUUUGGCUCACAGCACAUGCAGAUUUGCCAUCCAUACUGGCCUGUGGCCCGUUUUCAUCAGACAUAACAGAAGUGCAGCUCAAGUGGUGUUAGUACUAAGUCAUUACCAACCCUCCCCCCUCAGAAUCUAUACUGUUAUUUUUCUAUGUAAGUGAAUUGUUUGAAAUGCUUCAAAAAUGAAAAUAUUAAAACGCAUAUGCAUGUAAA